GAACAGAUGCCCGUAUAUGCUUGGCUGUACCGCAUUCUACAGCUGCAUUGUGCAACAAUAAGCGCAGGCUGAGGUUCACAGGCGGAGUUCACAUCAUCACGUCAAUUUCUGGAUGUGCAAGGAAGCAAACUCGUUGAGAGGGAUUGCUAGAAAUUUGAUGUGUUUGUAAGCACGAACUCAAAAGCUGCUGUUUUUUGAAAGUCACGGGUUUAAAAGCAUAUCGCCUCAGUGAUCUGCACCAUCACAAUAAAACACAGCUGUGGGGUAGUCCAAACCAAAGGGACUGGCACAAGUUUGUCAAUGCACACUGGCAGUGCAGUCUUCAGAAGCAGAUUAGAUGGACCAAUGACACAUCAGAGAAGGCGUGGCGGAGCAGCUGCGCUUGUCCUCCUGAUUGCAGCCCUGCUGGGCUGUGAACAGAGCGCCGCGAAUGAGUCAACGCAUAAGUACAAUGUUGGGGAGCAAGUGAGAUUGUGGGUGAACAAAGUGGGCCCAUACAACAACCCUCAAGAGACAUACAACUACUACUACCUGCCCUUCUGCAAGCCCAAGCAGGCGGACAAGGCAGUGCACAAAUGGGGAGGCCUGGGAGAGGUGUUGCAGGGCAACGAGCUGAUCGAUUCCCAGCUGGACAUGAAAUUCAGAACUGAGGUCCCCAAGAAGACAAUAUGCUCCCAGAGGUUGUCGGAACCAAAUGCAGUGACCUUCAGGAAGGCCGUCCAGAAGCACUACUGGUAUGAGCUCUUCAUAGAUGACCUGCCGGUGUGGGGCUUUGUGGGACCCCCACCUGAGGAGAUUAAGGAUGAGGAGCACAUCUACAUCUACACCCACAAGAGCUUUGACAUCAAUUACAAUGACAACAGGAUCAUCCAGGUGAAUCUGACGUCGGAGAACCCGCAGCCGAUUGUGCCGGGGAUGAAUGUGGAGUUCACCUACAGCGUCCGCUGGGCGCCCAGUGCCAUCCCCUUCCCCCGCCGCUUCGAGCGCUAUCUCGACUACAACUUCUUCGAGCACCAGAUCCACUGGUUCUCCAUCUUCAACAGCUUCAUGAUGGUCAUCUUCCUGACGGGCCUGGUGUCCAUGAUCCUCAUGCGCACGCUGCGCGCCGACUAUGCGCGCUACACCGCCCGCGACGACGACGACCUGGAGGCCCUCGAGCGCGAUGUCGGGGAGGAGUCCGGGUGGAAGCUGGUGCAUGGGGACGUUUUCCGGCCGCCACGCUACCUGGAGCUGCUGGCUGCACUCGUGGGCACCGGCGUGCAGCUGGCGCUGCUGGUGCUAUCAGUCAUCCUCAUCACCAUCGCCGGCACGCUCUUCACGGAGAGAGGGACGAUUGUGACCGUGUUCAUCGUCUGCUACGCGCUCACCUCCUUUGUUGCCGGCUACGUCAGCGGGGGCUUCUAUGCCCGCAACGCGGGCAAGACAUGGAUCCCGACCAUGCUGCUGACGGCAAACCUGUUCCCGCUGCUGUGCUUCAGCAUCGCGUCCGUGCUGAACACCAUCGCCAUCGCGUACCACUCCCUGGCCGCCGUCCCCUUCGGCUCCAUCGUCGUCGUGCUGCUCAUCUGGAUGUUCCUCUCCUUCCCGCUCUGCCUCUUCGGCACGGUGGUGGGCCGCAACUGGAAUGGGCUGCCAGACAACCCGUGUCGCGUGAAGCGCAUUCCGUCGCCCAUCCCGGCGCGGCAGUGGUACCUGCGGCCGACAGUCAUCGCGCUCAUGGGCGGCCUCCUGCCCUUCGGCUCCAUCUUCAUCGAGAUGUACUUCAUCUUCACCUCUUUCUGGAACUACAAGGUGUACUACGUGUACGGCUUCAUGCUGCUGGUGUUCCUGAUCCUGGCGAUCAUGACCGUGUGCGUGACCAUCGUGGGCACCUACUUCCUACUCAACGCCGAAAACUACCAUUGGCAGUGGACCUCCUUCUGCGCAGCCGCCUCCACCGCCCUGUACGUGUUCCUGUACGCGGUGCACUACUUCUUCGUGAAGACCAAGAUGACGGGCUUCUUUCAGACCUGCUUCUACUUCGGGUACACGCUCAUGUUCUGCCUGGGCCUGUCCAUCAUGACCGGCGCGCUCGGCUACCUCGGCAGCGCCAUCUUUGUGCGCCGCAUCUACCGCAACAUCAAGUGCGACUGAGCCGCGCCGGCCGCCGCCGCCAGCCCGUCGGUCGCGACGCGCAUCCCCGGGGGUGCCGCGCCGAAGGGAAAUUCCACCGCGCGUUUUCCAGGCAUUUUUCUUGAUCUUCUGGAGCCCCGAGCUUUUUGAAAGGAGCAAAAGGUUCGCUUGGCCCUGUCGAUGUUGACAGCUGCCCAAGGGAUGUCGCCCAGAGGGAGCGCCGUUGUGCGGCUGUUUGUGUUGGAUUGAGGGGAACAGAAAUGCAGACACAUCACAGCAGAGCAAGAAAAUGAAAGUGGCAUAGCGAUUGCCGAGUGUUGAGCUGCAGCAGAAUUGGCAAGGUGGUGGGAGCAUGCGGGUGUUGGGAGGAUGUGUACAUGUGGUGAGAGGUGCAUGUGGCUUGUGCUGAGGCUGAGGAGGACAUGCGCUGAGAAGCAGAAUAGCACAUUUCUUGUGCAUUGCACAGCGGUUAAGAGUAUAUCGAAUGGAAGAGGUUUUAGAACUUGUGAAACGUGAUAAUAAUUUGUGUCUCAGUC